CACUCUAAAUAUUCGUAAUCUGCAGCCUACGACAAGUCGAUCUGGAAAUGAUGAAGCGUCUGCAUCGCAAAGUGAACAUCGUGGUGGUAAUCGCAAAAGCGGACUCUCUUACGGCGAUCGAAAUAAAGCGACUCAAGGCACGAAUACUUAACGAUCUUGAAGAACACCAGAUACAAGUAUACCAAUUCCCGGAAUGUGACAGCGACGAAGAUGAAGACUUCAAACAACAAGACCGCGAAUUAAAGGAAGCGGCUCCAUUUGCUGUGGUCGCUUCUGAUAUAGUCCUCGAGAUGGGAGGCAAAAGAGUGCGGGGUAGACAGUAUCCGUGGGGAAUUGUUGAUGUUGAAAACCCGCGGCAUUCAGACUUCACCAAACUUAGAACAAUGUUAAUUUCUACACACAUGCAGGAUCUGAAGGACGUGACUCAAGAUGUGCACUACGAGAAUUUCCGUGCUCAGUGCAUUUCUCAAAUUUCACAACAUGCCAUGCGUGAACGGGGGAAACUGAAGAGAGACUCUAUGGGUAACAACAACGACGUGGUCAUCACCGACACUGAUCGACUCUUGCUCCAAAAAGACGAAGAGAUACGAAGAAUGCAAGAUAUGUUAACUCAAAUGCAACAAAAACUAAAAGCUUCCGAUAAAAAACACGACAGUAUAAUAGAUGUAUAGCGUUCCAGAGAUAUUGUGUUAUAUCUACGACUUUUUAGUAAAUUGUAGGAUUUAGUAGUAAAUUUAUCGUAAAGUUUUAACAAUAAUUACUAAUGAACGAAAAAGAAACCUCUUUAGAAAAAAAAUAAUGAAUUUAGACUUUUGAUACAAUAGUUUGUUUUUCACUGAUGUUGUGUACCUAACCAAUAAACUCUAUUGUUAAACACAUAAA